AUGUCGACAGAGGCUCACACAAUCUGCAAUCUUCAUCGGGGUGAUGCGACGCCAGCGUCAACGAGUACGCUGGAGGGUGUUGCUUCGCCCGCACCUUAUGCCGGAAAGUUUGACCCAAAAGCAAUUGCUAAGAUGGCUGUGGCUCGUACGAGUAACACGGCUUUUAGUAGCAGUCCGACUGUCUCGGCACUACCAAAAGCGAGAGCAAAUCUCAGUGGAUUCGGUUUAAGCGUCAAGUCAGGUCAGGAAAGUGAUAAACCUUCAUCGAAACGAAACCUGGAUUUUGGUUAG